AUGACGAUUUCGAACCCGCAGGAGAGCCUAGAGAGCACGCAACCAUUCUCUUCAAGCUCCCAUGCAGCCAGGCUCGCCGAGUACACGGGCGGACAACAAGAUGCGGGACAGAACUGGGAGAGCACACAACCCUUCUCUUCCAGCAGCUCCCUCGCCGCCAGGAUCGCCGAGUACACAGGCGGACAACCACCUGUCCAACCCGAGCCGGACCAUCCGGAGGACAAGGACAGCACCCAGCUGGCACAGGUCUCUGUCUCGGAGCAACAAGAUUUCUUCACAGCCCCGGAAGAAUUCCACCCUGACCCUAUCGAGGGCUCCGAUAGCUCUGUGCGAGACAGAGCCCACGGCUCCCAGCAGGGCGGCGAGCAUCAGCCUGCGGAAGUUUCUCUGGACCAGCUGGCCCUGCGCUGGGACCCGCGGAUCAGGGUUGUCUUCAGACAGCCCCGGGAUCUGGCCAUCCAGAUUGACCAAGCCGGACAGCAGGAGGUUACAAUGCUCUCGAGGCCUGGAUCUGAAGAGCAGCCGCUCUGGCUUAAUCUCUUGGGCUGCAUACAAAGCAGGAGUGAACCUAUGUUCUCCUUGACAGCUGGCAGCAUCCAGUGCGAGUUCUUCUAUAUCCCGAACUGCGAUGAUAUAAUCCUACGCAAUGGUCCAGGCCCUGUUGAGAUACAGUGCGUAUCAGAUUCAGAAUUCUCAUCAAAGCUCUUAGCCAAAGGAUAUACUACUCUCGUGCCAGGUACUUGGAAGGUCUGGACAGCUCAGCACAGCUUGGAGUUUCAGCUAUGGCCUCGCCAGUACUCAGUCGAAAUCCAGGAGGGGAGGAUACUGGGGAAGAGAAGCUCUGGAGAGAUUAUGCUGCCGGCUACCAAGAGAAGGCGCGCGCCUGAGCCGCUUCUCUUGUUGAUGCCUUCUGUAACACCAUCGUCAUUGCCAGAAGGAGAGGUAGCUUGUAUAGCAUAUUCUCUGGAUGACCAGGCUUGGCUCGCGUAUAAGCCUAGUGAGGGUCAAACGCUUAUGGUACGAGAUGAGAAUGCAGAUGAGGUGGGAUAUCGUCUUGCCUAUCUGUAUUCUAGAUGGGAGCGCCGAUCGCACUGCGCCUAUACCUUCAAAGCUAUUCUGAAUAGCAAUCUGACCAGCACAAAGGCUGUUGUGGUCAAGAUCAUUACACAACCACAAGGGAUACAUGCUGAAGAAUGCAGAGAAGCGGGGAUACGCAGUGCUGCCCUGAGGUGGUAUGCUGAGUUCAAACAGCAUCGUCAUCUCGACCAUCCCCGGAUCGCUCAUCUCCUGGGCUAUGACGCGCGAUUACAUACCCUGUAUAUUGAGUUCAAAGAUCUAUCGGAUCUCAGCAGCUCCGCCUGGUGUACCAAGACAGGGUUAUUCAGAGGGAACCAUGCCGAUGCAUGUCGUAUUCUCGCAGAUAUCUCGAGCGCUCUGCUCUACCUGGAGAACAAGAGCAUUCUUCAUAACGAUAUCAAGCCAGGCAAUAUCCUCUACGGCAGAGAUACUGCAUUAUGCAGAAGAGGUGCAAUCCUUAUUGACUUUGGUCUAGCUCAGGAGCCCGGAUCUAUAGUUAGAGGGGGUACGCCUUGGUAUGUUCCCCCAGAAUACCGAGUUGGACGCAGAGGAUAUCCGGCAGAUAUUUGGGCACUUGGCAUUUCUAUGCUCUAUCUGAUAAAGUAUAUAAUGCUGCCAGAGAAGCAGCCCCAAUUCCCGGCGUGGCAACUAGCCCAAUAUCAUACCGAUUCUCGGGCAGAGGGACAGAUGGAUCAGUGGCUUGAAGAGGUUGAACGACUGCAGUGCGAUCUGCAGGCUAGGUCUUCGCAAAAAUACAGAGAAGGAGUCGAGCUUGAAGUAUAUAUCAGCAAGAUGUUGGAGCUGAGUGAGAGCCAACGGAUCACCAGGAGAGAACUUGCGCAGCAGACACGGCGAUGGACAUCGGAUAUAUGCGACAGCUAAAAGGAGUGACUACUCCCAGCUGACUGGAAAUGAUAAUAGUCUAUAUAGCUGCGGAGAACAGUCAGACUCACAGGAUAUGGCUGCUGCGAAGUAAUCAUAACGUAUUGUUGUGGUGGCC